GGCUCAUUUUAGUUUAUUUCAAGAUCAUGUACAAAGUCCAAUGCUAAUUUCACAGAGUCACUGAGGGCAAGUGCAUCCAGACAGUAAAUCUUUAAACAAAUUUCAUUGUCAAACAGCUAGAAGUAUCUCUCGUAUGCACUUUUCUCUGUGACUUUCUUAAAAAAGUAAUACCUCCUGAUUCAAAAGGACUGGGGAAACUGCUUCCACUGCACUGCUGCCCUGGUGAGGUGGGUGAGGCCCAUUGAUGAGAAACUGGUGUGAGAUCACACAGACUUGAUGUGAAUUAAUGAAAGGAAACUUUUCCUCCCUUUAAACUUAUUGACAUAAAGUCAUUGUGUCUCCUCUUGAGGAUCAGCUCUUCAUACUCAAUGGCCUUUGAGGAGCUCCUGGAUCAGGUUGGUGGCCUGGGGAAAUUCCAGAUCCUUCAGAUGGUUUUAGUUCUUUCUUCUCUCAUGAUACUAGUCUCUCAUACGUUAUUGGAGAAUUUCACUGCAGCCAUUCCUGGUCAUCGCUGCUGGGUCCACAUCCUUGAUAAUGACACUGUCUUUAAUAAUGACACUGGGGUCCUCAGCCGUGAAGUCCUCCUGAGAAUCUCCAUCCCACUGGACUCAAACUUGAAGCCAGAGAAAUGUCGUCGCUUCCUCCUCCCUGAGUGGCAGCUUCUUCAUCGGAAUGGGACCUUCCCCAACAUGACCGACCCAGUCACGGAGCCCUGUUUGGAUGGCUGGGUGUAUGACCGAAGCUCCUUUUCCUCCACCAUUGUGACGGAGUGGGACCUAGUAUGUGACUAUCAGUCACAGAAAGCCGUGGUUCAGUUCCUAUUCAUGGCUGGCAUGCUGGUGGGAAUGCUCGUAUGUGGCCCUCUCUCAGACAGGUUUGGCCGAAAGGUGGUUCUCAGAUGUUGUUUGCUCCUGCUGGCCAUCUCUGGGACCUGCACAGCCUUUGCUCCCACCUUCCUCGUUUACUGCUUACUACGCUUCUUGUCAGGUUGUUCUUCCAUGGCCAUCAUGAUGAAUAGCAGUAUGCUUAUUGUAGAGUGGACAAGGUCUCAGUCUAAAGCCAUGGUAAUAACACUGGUAUCUUGUGCCCUUAGUAUGGGACAGAUAAUCCUGGGAGGCCUGGCUUUUGUCUUUCGAGAGUGGCGCACCCUGCAGCUGGUGGUGCCUGCACCUUUCUUUGUCUUGUUUCUCUCCUCAAGGUGGCUGAGGGAGUCUGCUCGCUGGCUGAUUGUCACCAAUAAACCAGAUGAAGGCUUAAAGGAACUUAGAAAAGCUGCACACACAAAUGGAAGGAAGAAUGCUGAAGAAACUCUGAACAUGGAGGUUUUGAGAUCCACCAUGCAGGAGGAGCUGGAGGCAGCACAGAACAAAACUACUAUGUGUGACUUGUUCCGCACACCCAAAAUGCGUAAAAGGAUAUGUCUCGGGUCCUUUUUGAGAUUUACAAACACAUUACCCUUUUAUGGCAUCUUUAUCAACCUACAGCACUUUGGAAGCAAUAUUUUCCUGUUCCAGGUAGUCUUUGGAGUUCUCACUGCCUCAGGUCGAUGUCUUGCACUUUUAUCACUGAAUCAUAUGGGCCGUCGAAUAACCCAGAUGCUUUUCAUGUUCCUGAUGGGAUUUUCCCUCUUGGUCAACAUCUUUGUGCCCCAAGAAAUGCAGACCCUACGUGUGGCUUUGGCAAGUGUGGGAAUCGGCUCUUGUGCUGCCUCUUCCUGCAGUGCUUCUGUCCACUUGGCUGAACUCAACCCAACUGUCCUCAGAGCAAGAGCUUCAGGAUUAGGUUUAGUGAUCGGCAGGAUUGGGGCAGCACUGGCUCCCCUCUUGAUGAUCCUCGCGGUGUAUCUUCCCACUUUGCCCUGGAUCAUCUAUGGAGUCUUUCCCAUCAUUGGUGGUCUUGUUGUCUUCUUUCUACCUGAGACCAGGAAUCAGCCUCUGCCUGACACCAUCCAGGAUGUGGAAAAAGGCAAAAAACUCUCAAGAAAAGUAAAUGAAAAAGAUUCUUACAUAACAGUGACAAAAUUUUAAGCUGCUGUCGUGAGCUAACCAGUGAGGAAAAGGAAAAUAUGAAAGAAAAAAACACAAAAGUUUUCCUUUAUAUCUACAAACUAGCAAGACAAUACACAGGAAAAGUCAAUCUUGUUUACAUUUAUGGCACAAAUUUGCAAUUAAAAAAUUCAUAGAAACAUGUAAUUCUGUGAACAAUCCAAUAUUUUGGGGAAGUAGUUGGAAAAGUUUCAAAUUUAUCAAUAAAUAUUAAUACACAAGAUGAUUCAGAAACAAAGGAAAACCAUGGAAAUAGGGUGUAGCUGGUUGAUGUAUGGACCAGCAUAUCAUGAACUCUAUCAUAAAUCUACUAAAAUCAGACCAA